AAUAAAAAAUAAAACACAAAUAUCCAAUUUUUCUCAGCCAGGAGAGAGAGAGAGAGAGGCUGUGAACACGAAGACCAGAGAGCCACGAUUUGAUCUCCGGUUCGAACAUCUUACUUAGCCUUGCCGGUACAAUCUUCGGCGAUUCAUCUUCUUCCAUCUGUGAGUAUAUAGGAUCGGUGGGUUUGUGGAGAUGCCGUCGAACGGAGAUCUGGACCGUCAGAUCGAGCAGCUGAUGGAGUGUAAACCGUUAUCGGAGGCGGACGUGCGGACGCUAUGCGAUCAAGCGAGAGCGAUCCUUGUUGAGGAAUACAACGUUCAGCCGGUCAAGUGUCCUGUUACCGUUUGCGGCGAUAUUCACGGCCAGUUUUAUGACCUUAUUGAGCUCUUUCGUAUCGGUGGUAACGCUCCUGAUACUAACUACCUCUUCAUGGGUGACUACGUAGACCGUGGCUACUAUUCAGUAGAGACAGUUUCUUUAUUGGUGGCACUGAAAGUGCGAUACAGGGAUAGACUCACAAUCUUGCGGGGGAAUCACGAGAGUCGGCAGAUUACCCAAGUCUAUGGUUUUUAUGACGAAUGCUUGAGAAAGUACGGAAAUGCUAAUGUCUGGAAAUAUUUUACGGACCUUUUUGACUAUCUUCCUCUUACCGCCCUCAUCGAGAGUCAGGUUUUUUGUUUGCAUGGAGGGCUUUCACCUUCUCUUGAUACCCUUGAUAAUAUCCGAAGCUUGGAUCGGAUACAGGAGGUUCCACACGAAGGACCAAUGUGUGAUUUACUAUGGUCUGAUCCUGAUGAUCGCUGCGGAUGGGGAAUAUCUCCACGAGGUGCUGGUUACACAUUUGGACAGGAUAUCGCAGCUCAGUUUAAUCACAACAAUGGACUCAGUCUCAUAUCAAGAGCGCAUCAACUUGUCAUGGAAGGUUUUAACUGGUGUCAGGAUAAGAAUGUAGUGACUGUGUUUAGUGCACCAAACUAUUGCUAUCGGUGUGGAAACAUGGCAGCCAUCCUAGAGAUAGGAGAGAACAUGGAGCAGAACUUCCUUCAGUUCGAUCCAGCUCCUCGACAAGUCGAACCCGAUACUACCCGUAAGACCCCUGAUUAUUUUUUGUGAUUUCUCUGUUUCUUUUUUUUAGUGCCGACCAUAUAUAAAUUUUUGGAAUUCCAGUUUUCUUGCUUAUGUAUCCUUGUAGAUGUGCCCUUUUCUUUUUUUGUAAGUGGAGUUCGAAUUUCCCCCAAAAAGAAUAGAAAAAAACAUCAUUUUUUUUGUUGCU